AUGAAGCUAUGGCGCCAGCUUUCUGUACGGAGCUCUCAAGACGACUUUGAGAAUUUUCACGAGGACUCGAUGUGCUGCUCGGCUGUGUUUUUAAAACGUGACUUCGACAUUUGCCGGGAGGCGACUACUACCAGUGCUGCAUUUGCUUCCUUCGUCGGAAGCAAGCCAACUGAACUGGUAGAGCAUCUCGUGCGCUAUCAUGCCAGCACGUACGAGGACGAGUUUAGCUCCGUUCAGCGACGCAAAGGGAGUCUGGACUUGUACAUUAAAGGCGAUGAUUUCUCGUGCAAUGUCUACUACUGGCUCGACUGGAUUAUCAUGGAAAACCGAGAGUUGGGCAUAUGCGAAAAGAUUAAGACGCGGAAGUACACGAACCUGAAACCAUUGAGUGUCAACACGCUGAACAAGUACAUGAUUGAGCUAGAGACAGUCGUACAGGCUUCUAUCAAGACCCAACUCGAAUGA